AUGGCACCUCAACUGAACUGGGACACCAAAGGCAGUGACCUCGUCACAACUUACGCCGACCACAUCAAGGGCAAGACGAUCCUCGUAACCGGCGUAUCCCCCGGCGGCCUCGGCGCCGUUUUCGCCGAGGCCGUCGCCGCCGCGGCCCCCGCAACGCUCAUCCUCGCCGGCCGCAACACCGCCAAGGUCCAGCAGACGGCUGACUCCAUCGCCGCGUCCCACCCCUCGGUUGCGAUCAAGCCCCUCGAGCUCGACCUCGGCUCUUUCAAGGGCGUUCGCAAGGCGGCCGAGACGGUCAACGGGUGGGGAGACGUACCGCACAUCGACGUGCUCGUGAACAACGCCGGCAUCAUGGCCGUGCCGUUCGCGCUCACGGAAGACGGGUUCGAGAACCAGUUCGGGACGAAUCACCUCGGCCCGUUUCUUUUCACGAAUCUGAUCAUCGGGAAGGUGCUUGCCGCGCCUGCGCCGAGGGUUGUGAUGGACGGCAAGCAUUACAACAAGUGGUUCGCGUACGGACAGUCGAAGACGGCGAAUUGCCUCAUGGCGUUGUCCCUCGCCGAGAAGCUGGGUGAAAGGGGUCUUUUGAGUUUCAGUCUGCAUCCCGGUGUCAUCUGGACCAAUCUCGCGGACCAUAUCGAGGAUUUCGAUUCUUUGAAGGCACACGACAUCAGUAUGGGCAACAAGUACAUGUGGAGCGAGUUCAAGGCCAAGACGCCUGACCAGGGCAUUGCGACGCAUGUCUAUGCCGCUUUCGCUCCCGGUCUGGAAGACUUGAAUGGCAAGUAUUUCAAUGACUGUCGGCUUGCGGAUCAGUAUAAGGAGGAGGUGUACCCGUGGGCUACAGACAAGAUCGAUGCCGAUAGGCUUUGGAAGUUGAGUGAGAAAUUGGUCGGGCAGGAGUUCAAGUUCGAGUAG